UGACUGCAGCAGUUAUACAAUCAGGAACCAGAAGCUGAAAUAAAGUAUUUUAUUACAACCUUCCUGUUAAACUAUGAGGAGGGACUGAGAGAUGUUCAGAAUAUCGGACUGUGUGCCUGUUGGAGCUGCUAUUUGUAUGGAAAAGAUUUCAGACAUCAUGUUCUUUUUCCUAUAGAGACAAACUUUUCUGAACCAUGGUCUUCAACUAAAAAGGGAAACAACUUGCUCAAUGGACAAAUUUCAGGGAUGGACUGGGCUGAUUAUCACUCUGAUGGUCUACCUAACAGAUCCUGGCUUUGCCUAUGCCAUCGUAGAAGGCCCUCAAAAUUUAACAGUUGUUGUAGGUUCAGUGGCUCGAUUUAGCUGCACAGUAUCAGAGGGGUGGAAAAUUUUGAUAUGGCUUUUCAAUGGAAAUCCUAAGCUGUCUGUGUUGAGUUCUGGACGAACUAUUGAAACAGAUGAGCAAUAUACUCAGAAAGGUUCCAACACAAGUGAUAACAGGUUUACUUCAGAGCUGAUGAUCCAUAAUGUUCAGCUGACAGAUUCUGGAGAAAUCAGAUGUAGCCUCCAGAACAAUGACUAUAGAUAUGCAUUUCUUUCAGUACAAAUAGGAUGUGAUAAUGAAGAUUGGCGAACCCGAACUAUAAUUUUAGCUGUUGUGUUGUCAGUUGCUCUUUUACUCCUUCUGAUCCUUAUUAUUCUCCUUAUUAUAUGUUGCUGCAAAAGAAGGAAAGAGUCCAACUAUCAAAAUGAGCUAAGAAAGAUUUCAGAGAAGAAAGAAAAAGGUAGAAAUUUGGAAACUGUGAGUCACAGUGGAAAGGAAAACUAUGGCUACAGUGCAGAGCAAAUGCCACAAGAUCACACUUCCUUCCCAGGUGGACACAAAAUUUAUGAUACAAAGCAAAAUCUGAAUGUGAGCUCUUCAUCAGAGGUGUUGAACAAUAAACUUCAAACUGGAGAACUUCCUUCAAGAACUAAUGGUUAUCCAAUUAAUCCAGGCAAAAUCAGAAAUGUGACACUAAUAUAGGAAAAUAGUUAAAUAGCUAUAUCAUUUCUUAAAAUGUCCUCAUGUAUUUGAAAAUCAGAAUCAAUGUAAUAAUCUCUGAGGAAUUUUAACGAAGAAGCCAUUGCGGUUUCUCCAUACCCCCAAAAUGGUAAUUUAGAAUAACAACAGAAUGAAUUUCUUGUUAAAUAUUUAUUUUCUGUCUACUUUAAAAUUUAUUGUAAACUAGUGAAGUUUCACUAUCACUUUUGAUCUGUUAAUUCAAAAUAAGAUUUUGUUUAAUUAUCAUCUCUUGUGUAACAGUCAUAUUUCUAAAUCGUAAGAUCCAUGAUGAUAAUUCUAUUUUUAAAAUGUAAGCACUUAUGAUUCAAUAUUAACAAUAUUGUUGCAUAUUCAUAUAUUUCUGGUUGCACACAUCAUAUAGUGAUGAUAUGACAACAGGAACACCUGCAAAUAUAUGUACAAUUCAUAUUUAAAAUAAAUCCAACGUGGAUUUCCAUGGGAGCAGGCAUUAAAGCUUAAAUAAAAUGGAAUCCUUUGUGACAUGGCAUUGAAUAGAUUCAAUGCUAUCGAUCCUUCUCCAGUUAAAAAGUACACACAUAGCACUAUUGUUUGCAAAAUAUGCAUGUAAAAUAGUAUAUACUUGAAAUUUGCAUUAAAAGUAUAAUUUAUAGUGAUUUGCAUUUUAAAGAUUCUCUAUUUAGACAAUUUUUUUAAAAAAGUUAUAUCCCAAUAAUUAAAUUAAAAUACUUAUACAGGAAAAUACGUAUAACAAUAUAUUUCCAAUAUAUUUGGAGAAAUUUGUGUUAAAUAUAUACCUUGGAAAGCUUUGUUACAUAUAUAAGUAUUUGUUUAAAUUAUAUUUAUUAGGGGAUACUGCAUAUAGAAGUUCCAUAUUAAGUAAAGUGUAAGUGACAAAUCAGAACAGAUGUAUUUAUUUUGUUAAACAAGCAUUGAAACUUAAUAUUUCAGAUGUUUCUGUGCUAAGCAACAACUUCCUCAAGUUUCACUUACUACUGGCGUAUGUUAGCGCUUUAAUUAUAUAUUUUUAUUAGUUAGUUUACUUAUUAAACUAAAUGCUGAUUUUCUCUGUGUUAUACGCUCGUCAUUUAAGAACAUAGUUGGAAGUUGGAAUUAUUAAAAUUGAUUGGGCUUGUCUCCUUUAAUAAGCUGAGUUGAAAUUCUCAAACCACUUUUUCCUUCUUCAAUCAUUUUUUUUGAAAAUCUUUGCAUAAAGUAAUCUGUGAUUAUUACAAGUGCAUUUUACAUUAUUGAAUUAUCAAAUAAAAGGUACCUAAUUUUCACUUUUUUCUUUCUAAUUCAACAUUUAAGAUAGAAAGAUUGGGUCAUUUUAAAAAAUAACAAAUUUAUUCUGGCACUUUUGUACAUUGGAAUCUUCUUCAUUAAAGCAGUAAAAUGUCUAAGUCA